AUGGAAGUAAAGUGGAGGGAAGAUCUGAAGCAGUUGCGUUGCGUCGCGUGCGGUUUUACAAUUGUAUCGUCUCAUCUUCAUCUCUCUCUCUUUUCUUUCCUUUUUCAGAAAACAACCAAUUUUUCUGUGUGAUUCCCUAACAAAUCUCAACUCUCCCAAAAUACUUUUCAAUUUGCAAGUUGAACUGUUAUUAUUAUCAUUGUUUACUUCAGCCGUCAUUCGUCAAAUUGGUGGCGAGAUUCAUGCCCCCUUUCCCCAAGUUCCAACCAACCAACCCGCUUUUGCGCUUUCCAAUCCCACGGAUCACACCCUUUUUCCACUUCUUUCGAGAAGGAGAAGAAGAAGCAAGAUUGCAGCAGAAAUUUUUCACCCAAAACUUUGUCAAAUUUGACUUGGUGGGGUGAGCGACAGAGCUGAACAAGUCUGUGGGAAACCCUAGAAUUUCGGCAUGGCUUCCUCGAAUGUGGAGAUGGCGUCCACGUCGAAGACCAAUCCGGAUCUGCCGCGCGAGUCCUCUGUUUGUUCUAUUUCCACAAUUAUCGCUGAUCUGCACCACAGUGAUUCUUCCAGGAAUUUGGUUUCCAUGAGCAUGGACGACCUCCUCAAGAACAUCUAUUCUGAUGGUCAGAGUCACAACCAAGUGCAAGUGCAAGUGCAGGACGAAACUACCAUCAUUGGGGCCUCGCCUCGAGGAUUUUCUAUCUAAGGCCGGGGCUGUGCGUGAGGACGUGAGGGUCCCUGUAAUCUCCAAACCUGGGGGCUACGCUGUGGACUCCACAGCCCUUAAUAACCAGUUUCAGAUGCCGUCGCAGCAAUUGGAAGGUGCCAUGGUUGCAUACGGAAGUGGAAUCGAGGGAAGAAUGGUUGGAGUUGGAAGAGGGAAGAGAAGGGCUGUUGAGGAACCAGUUGACAAGGCCACACAGCAAAAACAGAGACGGAUGAUCAAGAACAGGGAAUCCGCUGCCCGUUCUAGGGAACGCAAGCAGGCAUAUACGCUAGAGCUGGAGUCUCUCGUGGCCCAACUGGAGGAGGAAAAUGCACGGCUCUUGAGAGAAGAGGCUGAGCACGUCAAGGAACGGUCUAAGCAGCUCAAGGAGAAACUCAUCCCAGUCAUUGAGAAGCGGAGACCACAGCGCGUUCUUAGAAGAGUGAAUUCUUUAUAGUGGUACAGUGUAUUUUCUGAAGGGGGAUAGAAUGGGCGUUUUAAUUUAUGGUUGUUAAUAAUAUGAGACUGGUUUGCGUGCCUGCUAAUGAAGGUAUAGGAUCAAGUUAGUUAGUCAUGUCAUAGAGAUAUUUGGGGAAUAAAACACAAAAACUAGCCACCAAGUACUACAGAAAAUAUUUUGAUGACACACCGAGUACACACGAGUUGUUUAUAGUCCCAUGUCGAAAAGAGGUGGUCGAUACUGAAGAUUUGGAGGUCGCUGCACUGCUUUCUACUUGUGGCUGCUAAGUGAUUAUACAUGUAUUGAGUCUGUUUUAUCAUCAAGUGUUGGAGAAAAGGGGAAAUAGAUGAGUAGAUAAAAUAAGUUAUUUUACAUAUGGCCUUGGUUUUUCUUUCGUGCUGAUAAAGAAGGGAAGGGGGUGGUGAUUAAUCUUAAAUUGGUUUUACUAAUAAUUUGUUUGUAUGUAUGAUACUAUUUGUGAAUUUGCCUUAUAGCUUCAUCUCCUUUGCCUUUCCA